ACCGUUGGAUGUGUGAGACGCUGUCAGCGCGCGCCAUGGGCAGCGCUGAGGAGACAGACUGGGUUGACAUUGCCAAUGAUCUUUUAAGGAGAUGUCACAUAAACCAACAAAUCAAGCAGCUCUCGGAAUGUGGUGCUGAUGUGUUCAUUCGUCUUUAUGAAUCAAUUUUAGGAGAAAAAGUACCAGAUUUCAUAGCUACUCCUAGAAGCCAAGAGGAUGAUGCACAUAAUAUACAAGCUGUAAUAGAUUCUCUGGCACUGGACUACUUGCAGGUCAGCUUGUCACAUAUCACUGGUGAGAACAUUGUGAAAGGAGAGAGGGAAUCUAUCAGAAACCUCCUUGAAAUAUUUGAUGGUUUGUUAGAGUAUCUUACAGAAGAAGACAGUGAAGUCUCCUCUCAGAAUGAAGAUGACACAAAUUUUCUAUUUAAUAACAAAAUUCCAAAUGUACCUCAAGAACGUAUGGAAAGUAACAUUGGUGAACUUAGGCCUUCCUCAGAACUCUCACCAGUUAAAGGGUCCCAGACGGAGAUUUUUAUUCCACCUUGUGAUGUGGAUGGAUCAGGAUCUACUAAUGAAUUAAUCAGACUUGGGGAGCCUGCUCAAUCGCUUCUUGAGAAAGAGGAAGGGUCAGUGAAGUCUGCUGAUACUACUGAAUUUCACAAAAAGAGCUUAAGCUCUGGUGUUAGAAAGCUUGGGGAGCCAAUACGCCAAGCUAUUCCUUUGCUACCACCAUUCCAACCUUCUGAGACCAGGCUUCAUUAUUCUGUAGAGAGAGAUCAUCAAAGCUCAGACAGCCAGUCAGCAACUUUGGUUAACAGUCAAGGACUGGAAACUCCUAUGCCUGAGACAUCACUUGCACAAAAAUCUGAAGGCUUUUCUGGUAGUUUUCCUCUGUCAAGGAAAAUCCCUGUGGAAGACAAGGCAGUCUCAAAUGGUCCUGAGGACAAUGUAGCAAAGGUUCCUUGGGUAUAUGGAACUUCCACAUCAAUUUCCCCCGUACAUGAGGAACUCUCAGCAGGCACUGAACAAGUAACACAAGCUGUAGAACCUCAGUCAAGAUGCCUGGAUAGAAACGAUAGAAAGAAAAGCAGAUAUGAAAAUUCUUCCACAGAUUCAUUUGAAGAAGAAUCUGUUUCCCAUAUACCAACAAAGGAAAAGUUAUCUGAGCAAGAGCUACACGAAAUAUCAGAGAAGCUCUCUCGCAGGUUAAAUGAACUAGACUUAAUGCUAAAGAGAGCUUUGGGUGAGCAUGCCAGAGAAGAGUUGACAGAUGAAGACAACCUGUCUCAGCACAGUGACAGCGUCAUGGAUUAUCGUAGAAGCAAAGCUCGGCUAGGUAACAAUUUUUCUCAUGAUACACCACAUAUAAAGAAGUACCCAAACAGGCCACGUUCUCUUUCUCCAUCUUCACCCCAAUCUUGGCACCAGCUUUCUUCUGAGCUACAAGAUAAACUCUGUAGAGAUGGAAAAAGCCAGAUUGGGAAAAUAUGCGGCCAAUUGCAGAAGGAAAUGGAUGAAAGAAGAGUAAAAGCAAAGCUUAUGUCUAAAGCCUAUGAAGAGGAAUUAAGAAUUUAUGAAGCUAGAGAGAGGCUUAGGCUCUCCAAGCUCAGAGAAAAAGUCAAGGAAAUGGAACAAGAAUACAAAGAAAACAUCUUUAAAGAACCUCCAAAAAUGCCUCAGCCAGUGAAAGUUUAUUCUAGAAAAACCACACCUCGGAAUCCCAAAUACAGCCAGUGGAUUCCAAAACGAGGGACUGUGAAGCCAAAGAAAGCAGCUCCAAUGAAAGUAAAAGAUGAUGACCUCCUAUUUCAGCUACUGGAAGAAUUUCCCCACCUGCAUAUUUCCCACCAUACCAUGAAAAAAAUGUGUCAGCAGCAGCUUGCACAGAUUGAACAACUUAAGGCAGCUUCUGGCAAAGACAGAGCUAGACUGAAACUCCAAAAUGAAGUUCAACAAGCCCUGAAGAAGCACGAACUGCUUGCUGACAUUAUUAAAAAAGAUCAAGACCAUAACCAGAGACUGCAAGAAUUUAAGCAACGCAUCUAUCGACAGAAAUGGGCUCAAAGCAAAGUCAGAGAGAAACGCCAGCAAAUUGCUCGAGCCAGGAAAUACUAUGAAGAUUAUCGGGUUCAGCUGCGUGCCAAGAUGAUGAGGGCCAGGACACGAGAAGAAAGGAUAUUUAAAAGUCUUUUUGAAGAAGGCUUAGAAAUUCAGAAGCAAAGACUAAAGGACUUGAGAACAUAUGCUCAAGAGAAACGAGCUGAGCAAAGGCGAGAGCAUCAAAAUGAACUGGAGUCUAUGGAAAACUAUUACAAAGACCAGUUUUCCAUGCUAGCAGAAGCUUUAUCUCAAGAACGCCAGGAAAUACAAACCAGAGAGAAAGUACAAGCACAAAUGCUGCGAAAAACAAAGAGAGAACUAAGAUCAAAGAUGGAAAAGGAGAUUCAGCAACUGCAGACGAUGAUAAUGCAAAAUGACGAUGACACCUUUUUUCAAGAACUGGAAGCAGACAGAUUGAGAUCUAGACUUGAGAUGGCUUCCUUUCAGUAUAGCAAAAGCUCAUUCUUUUAAAACUCAUGGUAAAUGUCACUGCAGUUCUCUCUCUGGGUAAGGUGAUGGGAAUCCUUAAGAGAACUGCCAUAACUGGAGGUUGAUGUGUAGCUACUAUAUUAUAAAGUACCUGCCUGUCAUCUUGACAUGUCAAAAUUAUAAAGUGCUUCUUUUAUAA